GACAAAAUGGCGAUCAGUGAAACUUCAUUUUGGUUAAAAUUUUUCCAAGAAGCUGGUAUCCCAGCUGGAGAGGCAGCAAAUCAUGCAGUCACCUUCACUGAUCACAGAAUACAGAAGGACAUGCUCAGUGACCUCUCCAAAGAAUACCUCAAUGAUAUGGGUAUCACUAUGAUGGGUGAUGUCAUUGCUAUUCUCAGACAUGCCAAAAUUACACAUACUCAGUUACAGAGGGAUAAAGCCCUGAAAUUGGGUAAAUCAUCAGGGACCUCAACUCCUCCAUUGACUCAGAGGUCAACACCUGCCAGUAGGACAAUCAAUCGCUACAUGAAUGUGCAGAAUGAUCCAAUAGCUGGCCCCAUGAGUUCACCCAUGCCCAAUACAGGUCCCAAGAUGUCUGCAGAACUAGCAUCUAGACUAGGUCCCUCACCAUCUACUCCAACAGAUUCACCUGUCCUGGGUCGUAAAAACAAGACCCCAGCAUCCAUAAAGCCUAUAACAAUGCACAGAGCACAACGAUUAGAGGUUCCCGUUCCAACGAAAAGGCGAGUUUUUCCAGAACAUGAAGGCAGAUAUAAAAUCACCAUGCCUGCAGGCACAACAGAGAAAACAAAGAAAAUUUUACAAAAGCAAGGAAAAUUACCAGUAAAAUCGACAUCAAUAUUUAGUCGACUUGGGAAUGAAAGUGGGAGCUCUUCAGAUGAACCAUCCUCUUCCUCGUCAUCACCGAGUGUCACUAUAACAGGUCUUGGAAAGAUAAAACUUACUAAAGCUGGAAUUGCUACUCAGGCUGGAGGUGGCUCACCUGGAGUAUUUGGUCGCCUGGGAGGAAAUACACUGAAACACACAGCUACAUCAACUAUUGAUGAACUUGAAGAUAGCGUUGACAGUGAUUCUGAGGAGGACUCAGUUGAAAGACUACCAUAUGCAGGAGUCCUAAAGAAGACCCCACAGACAAAGAGAGUUAAAAAAACAAAAAUUACUUUGAAGAAUCUUAAGAAGCCAACUGUUCAAGAUCGAUUAGGACCUGCAAAGUCCGAGUCAGUGGUAUCAUCAUCAACAGAAGGAAUAUUUGCAGCAUCAACUGGUAAAGUCCCUGUUCUAAGACGUCUAGGAUCUGCAAAGAUACAGGCACCCUCUAGCACAACUGAUAAAGCUCAACUCAAGACAAAAACAUCACUUUCGAAAGUGACAACCUCAAAAGGUGUACAGGGUAGACUAGGGGCAAUUCAGGCACCAGCUUCAUCUACUACUGGCAAGUCAACUACAUUGGCAGCUAAGAAGAAAAGGAUAUCAGCAGGACUUGGAGGUGUGUUUGGUAGACUAGGAAACCAACAAUAGGAUAUUAUUCCACAUUUAUUUAUACCUGAGUGUGCUCUACAUUACUGAACUUGAUAUUUUGCUGAUUGGUCUCAAAUGGAUAUUGUUCCACUGAGAAAAUGAGGAUAUAUUAGAACUGGGCCAAGAGGGCUGGAUGAUAAAUUACAGUAUUGAAUGGAGUAUUUAAUUCCUGGCUAAAUUAUAAAAAUGACAUUUUGUGUGAAGACAUUCUUGAACACAUCUUUGGUGGUGUCAGUAUAACCAUUUGGUAGUACUUGGCAUGAACAAUGCAUUGAUGUUACCAGGUUUUGGAGCUUCAGAUGAGUUAAGCUGAAAUCUCUCCAAAACAGUGCCAUGUUCUAUUCAUUCUGAAUCACUGUUGAUAUUGCUUUUUAUUGUAACAGCUAGAUAAAGUCUUUGGCAUCAAUGUCUUAUAGUGAUUCAGAUGAAGCAUUGUGUUAUAUUAUCAGUGUGGAGCAAUCUAACCUUAUGGAUCUCAUGUUAUAUAAAGUCUUAUAUCAAGAAUAACACAAUGAAAUUGCGAGCAUUUGAAGUGAAAGACAUAUGGCCUUACAGCUUGUUCAGAAGUCAUGUCUCAAGAAUCACAAUUAAAUGUGUGGCUGUACAGUGUACAGUCUGUUCAAAAGUAGCCGACCAUUCAUAAAAGUGGCCCUACUUUUAGUUUAGUGUGUGUAUAGAAUCAUAUAGAGUGCUGUACAUAACUGAUGUAUAUUAUUUAUUAUGAUUUUGUUUAGAUUUAAUUGGUCAAGGAUUAAUAAUUGUUUCUUAUUUCAUUAUUACUUAGAGUGAUGUUAUUAAAAUAGGUGAUUGUGGUGUUUGAGCUUAAUUUAAUAAUAUAAUGUACAUCCCCAGGUUUCAUUAGAAUUUCUUAGAGCAGGCAAAGCAAAUAAUAGGCUAAAAAUUAUCAUUUUGAUAUGGAACAGUUGUAAAAGUUUGUAAAAACAACCAAACAAAAUGGCCUAUGCUGCUUUUGAAAUCCCUAACAUAUACGAUCGCUCAUUUAUAUGGAAUAUGAAGAAGGAAGUUACCAUUUCACCACCAGGUGGCUUAUUCGGGUCAGAUAAUAUGACUGGGUAUUAGGAUGUUCCCUUAAACUAGAAUAUUUAUCAGUUGUAGUGGUUCAUUGCCCUAUUAUGUAUCUGAUAAAAUAUGUCCAAUAAAAGAAAA